GAAAAACGAAAAAAGGUCCAUACGAAACCUGAAAAGAAAAAACAGAGACAACCUUCCACAGUUCUCCUAUCGCUGCUUCAAAGUUGUAGCCGCCAUUUUUUUCUCUUCAAACAACCUUCAAACCUAGCGGACUAUAGAAAAAAAGCUGCUAAAACAAUGGGGAAAUUAGGGAAGAAAGCCAGGAAAUUCGCGAAGAAGCACUUACAAACUGUAAUGAAACAGAAAAGGAAGUUCAAGGCCAUUCACAAGAAGAAAAAUGCUCCAAGGGCUGGAAAAGAUGGUCCUGAAGAUCAAGCAGGAGAUACAAAAUCUACUGAAAGGACACCACUUGUUGAAAAUAUAGAGGAUGCUUCUCUUGAUAUUUUUUCAAGUGAAGACGAUUAUGACACGGUUGGAGAUGGUUCAGAUAGUGACGGAGUUCUUUCUGAGGAGUCAAGUUGCGUAUAUGCUGGUGAAAGUGAAAUGGAGCUUCAUUCUGAAGAUGUUGACCAGGGCAGUGAAUUAUCUAUUCAGAACCAAAAGAUUUAUUCAGAACUUCUGGCGAAAAAGAAAAGAUUGGAGGUUUUAAAGCGUAAGGAUCCUCGCUUUGAGACCUUCUUGCAAGAACACAUUAAUGGUCUUGAAUCACUUGACAACGAAGAUAUGUCCGAUGAAGAUGGGACAAGUAAUCACGAUCUUCUAUCUUUUACGGACAUUACUCCAAGUCCAAAUGCCGGCAAAUUGUUAAGUACCUCUACCGUCAAGAGCUGGUGUCAGAUAGUUAAAGAACAGCAAAAUUUGUCUGUUAUGCGUGGUCUUUUAAACGCCUAUCGGUCGGCAUGCCACUAUGGAGCUGAAUCUAAUGCAUCUGUCUCCUCUCCAGCAAUAAAAAACAAAGAGACCUUUUGCAGCAUUUUAUUGUUUAUGCUCUCUGAAGGUGAUAACAUAUUUCGGGGAUUAUUGGGUAUAUCCUCUGAUUGCAAGAAGCAGACCAUACUAGAGUUGAAGAGUUCAAAAUGGGAAAGUGUAAAGCCGAUGGUCAAGUCCUUUUUUACUAGUACUUUAUUCCUCUUAAAUCAGUUUACUGAUGCAGACAUAUUGGCUUACACCUUGAAUCGGCUGAGAGUUUCAUUGGUACUUUUCGCUGCAUUUCCAUCUUUACAGUGGAAGCUCACGGAGGUUGCUGUUCGCCUUUGGGCAACAGGUGGAGGGACUCUUUCGUCAUGCUCCUUUCUCGUCUUGCGUGACAUGUCUUCUACAUUUGGCAAUGAUUUCUAUGAUAAAUGCUUGAAGAAAACAUAUAAAGCCGUUAUUUCUCGCUGCAAAGCUGUGGACCCUUCUAGUAUAAAUCAUAUAGAAUACAUCAAAAACUCCUAUGUUGAGCUGUGCUGUAUAGAUUUGCAAAGAUCAGUUAAAGUGGCUUUGGCAUCUGCUCAGAAACUAGCUGCAAUCCUCCAGUUGGGCUUGCAGUCUAAGGAGGAAGCACUCAUGAAGAUAUGCAGUUGGGAGUAUGUUUUGUGCAUUGAUCUGUGGGUUAAGUAUGUUUCUAUCAAUAUUAAAGAAAAUGAUCUUCAUGGCCUACUAUUUCCACUCAUCCAAGUCAUAAAUGGAGUGGCUAAACUCUUUGCUGGCCAGAGAUAUCUGCCUUUGAGAGUUAAAUGUAUACAAUGGUUGAAUCAACUUUCCACCUCCAGUGAAAUCUUUAUCCCUGUCUCUUCAUUGGCAUUGGAUAUACUGGAAAGCAGUAAUGCUCAGGAAGUCGGAAAGCCUGUAAAAGAUGAUGUUAACUUAUCAACUACUUUGAAGUUGCCCAAAUAUUGGCCGAAGAAAUGGGAAUUUCAAGAGGAGUGCGUUUUAGCUGCCGUGGAGUUGCUUUGUGCGCAUUUUCUUCAGUGGAGUCACCACAUAUCUUUCCCUGAUCUCGCUACAGUUCCUGUCAUCCGCUUGAAGCAAUAUUAUGAGAAAUCUACUGUUGAAAGCCUGCGCCGACCAGUGAAGCGCCUAAUUGAUCAGGUGGAAAGAAACAUGGAUUUUGUCCAGAGAAAAAGAGACGAUGUUUCAUUUUCACCAGUAGACCAAGCGGCUGCAGAUUCAUUUCUUCAGGGUGUAAAGCGCGAUGACAAAUCCCCAUUUAUUCAGUACUACAAAAGUAUAACACAAAAUGCCGUGACUCGGAAACUCAGUACAAAUGGCAAGACAAGUGUGCCGAAUCAGAAAAAAGUAGAAGGAAAAAAGCGAAAGUCGCCACAGAAAUUGGAGGAUGCAAGUGCUGAUAGUGAGAAAAAAAUUGCAAAGAUCAGUGAAAAUCCGUCGACCGGAAGUCAGCAAGUUGUGAAGAGAAAGAAGCAGAGGACUUGAGCAUGUUGUAUCUUGUGAGAUUAGUUUGGUGCAACUGUGCAAGGAUACAAUCGAUGCCGCCGUUGAAAUUGUCUAUUUCCCCUCAGUUUUUCCAUGUUCAUGGAAUUUUGACUAGUAGGUUAGAGGUGCUUACUCAAAAUUGGAUGUGAUGAGCCUAACUUUUUUAGGAGGUUAUGAAAUUGACCUUAUAUUAGUGUCACACAAAAUUUUUGGUACUGAAACUUUUAUUAUACAUCAUUUGUAUUACAUUCUAUAUAUCUUUUUAAUAACUUGUUCCCAAUAUGUAAUUUCAUUAUAAGAAAAAAAUUUCCUAAA